GUAGAUUACAGUCAGCGUUCUUCUCACCAGUGCGAGGUCUGGCCCUGGAACGCACUGCUUUUUAUUUCAGUAUUUCCAGUUAAUUAAUCACGACCAAACAGGGUCCUUCCUUCUUUAUUUUUAUUUCUCACAUUUGGAAACCACACAACCUACAAAACUGACGUUCCUUCGGUGAAGGUCGCUUUUGCCUACCCCCACCCAUUGAAUAUUAUUAUUUUCGGGAAUUCAUCGUUGUCAAGCCGCCAAAGUGGAGAGUGUGAUUGCAGAAGGGGGUGCUUCUCGUUUCAGUGCUUCUUCGGGUGGGGGAGGAGGUAGGGGUGCCUCUCAGUACCAUCCCAAGACUGUCGGCAACAGCGAGUUCCUGGGGAAAGCCCCAGGAUCUAGCGUUCAGAGAUGGGUUCCUUCACGAAGCACUAGACGAGAUGCCAAUGCCUCCAAUGAAAAAGAACGACAUGAUGCAAUCUUCAGGAAAGUGAGAGGCAUACUUAAUAAACUGACCCCCGAGAAGUUUGACAAGCUAUGCCUUGAGCUCCUGAAUGUGGGCGUAGAUUCAAAACUCGUCCUAAAAGGAGUGAUCUUGCUGAUUGUUGACAAAGCCCUCGAAGAGCCCAAGUAUAGCUCGCUUUAUGCACAGCUAUGUCUGCGCUUGGCAGAGGACGCACCGAACUUUGACGGCCCAUCGCCAGAGAUCCAAACGUCACAAAAACAAAGCACCACAUUCAGGAGACUUUUGAUUUCUAAGCUUCAAGAUGAAUUUGAGAACCGUGCCAGAAAUGUUGAAAUCUAUGACAAACAUGACAACCCUCUUACCUCUGAGGAAGAAGAGCAGCAUGCCAUUGCCAAGUUUAAGAUGCUGGGAAAUAUCAAAUUCAUUGGGGAACUUGGCAAACUCGAUCUUAUCCAUGAAUCUAUCCUUCAUAAGUGCAUCAAAACACUUUUGGAAAAGAAGAAGAGAGUCCAACUUAAGGAUAUGGGGGAAGAUUUGGAGUGCCUCUGUCAGAUAAUGAGAACAGUGGGGCCUAGACUCGAUCAUGAAAAGGCUAGGUCUUUAAUGGAUCAGUACUUUGGCCGUAUGAAAUCCUUAAUGAACAACAAGGACUUGCCGGCAAGGAUUCGUUUCCUGGUGCAGGAUUCAGUGGAGUUGCGAGAGAACAAUUGGGUGGCUCGCAAAGCUUUUAUCGAUAAUGGACCAAAGACGAUUAACCAGAUUCGUCAGGAAGCAGUAAAAGAUUUGGGUGUUUUUAUUCCACCAAUGGCCCAGGGAAUGAGGACUGACUUCUUUUUGGAGGGGCCCUUCAUGCCUAGGUUGAAACUUGACAGGGAAACUCUUGGCGGGUUGGCGGAUAUGUUUGGACAGAUGCCAGGGAGUGGGAUCGGCACAGGCCCUGGAGUGAUUCAGGACCGGUAUUCACCCACCAUGGGCCGUCACCGCACCAACCCACUCUUCAACGGGCACACAGCCCCUGCUACCCAGUCUCAGUUUGAGAUGGGAGGCAAGCCCUUCAUCAAAUCUAACCAGGGGCAGAAUCCAAUUUUCCAGAACCAGCAACAGCAGGCUCAGUCUAAGGACAUGGCACCGCGUUUCAUCAAGAAAGGAUCGCUCAACGCUGAUGAGGUACAACACCUGAUCAGUCUAAGGCCGGCACAGUCAUUCCUUCUCAACACAAACCAAGUGCCAAAGUUGCAGCCGCAGAUACCAACAAUGAUUCCUCCAAGUGCUCAACCUCCACGCACUCAAACGCCACCACUGGGACAGCCUCCUCUGCUUGGUCUGAAAACCAACCCUCCUCCAAUUCAGGAAAAACCUCCAAAGACCACCAAGAAACUGCCUCCUGCAAAGGAAGAGUUGCUUAAGAUGACCGAGACCAUAGUGACCGAUUACCUGAACAGCAAAAACAUUGAUGAAGCUGUGAACAGUGUAAGAGAGAUGAAGGCUCCCAAACACUUCCUGCCUGAGAUGUUGAGCAAGAUCGUGAUCUGUUCUCUUGACUGCCCAGACGAAGACAAGGAGCAUGCCAGCACCUUGAUCCACACACUCCGCACAGAGGGCCUUGUUACUGGGGAGAGCUUCAUGCGGGCUUUUCUCAGUGUUCUGGACCAGUGUCCCAAGAUCGAAGUGGACAUUCCUCUGGUGAAGUCCUACUUGGCCCAGUUUGCAGCGCGAGCCAUCAUCGCAGAGCUGGUGAGCAUGGACGAGCUAGCCCACCCUCUGGAGAAUGGCACCCACUUCCCCCUUUUCCUGCUUUGUCUGCAACAGACUGCCAAGCUGAAGGAUCGUGAGUGGCUCACUGAUCUAUUCCAGCAAAGCAAGGUCAACAUGCAGAAGAUGCUGCCUGAAAUCGACCAAAACAAGGAUCGCAUGCUGGAGAUCUUGGAGGGCAAAGGCCUGAGCUUCUUAUUCCCACUCAUGAAGCUGGAAAAGGAACUGCUGAAGCAGAUCAAAGCAGACCCCUCUCCCCAGUGCAUUUACAAGUGGAUCAAGGACAACAUCUCCCCUAAGCUCCACACCGACAAGGGCUUCGUCAACAUCCUCAUGACCAGUUUCUUGCAGUACAUUGCCCAAGAGAUAAAUGCCAGUGAGGAAGAAGACCAGUUAUCAGCCCCCACUAAAGAACAGCUGGACCAGGAGAAGCAGCUGCUGCUGGUCUUCAAGCCAGUGAUGCAGAAGUUCCUGCAUGAUCACCAGGAUCUGCAAGUCGGUGCCCUCUACGCACUGCAGGUCCACUGCAAUGCUAAAACUUUCCCUAAAGGAAUGUUACUGCGCUAUUUUGUCCACUUCUAUGAUAUGGAAAUCAUUGAAGAAGAAGCCUUUCUUGCAUGGAAAGAAGACAUAACUCAAGAGUUUCCUGGGAAGGGGAAAGCAUUAUUCCAGGUGAACCAGUGGCUGACCUGGCUGGAGACUGCUGAGGAAGAGGAGUCUGAGGAGGAAGCUGACUGAAGAACCAGCCAAAAGCCUAAUAGUGCAGAAAUGCUAUUGAUAUAAUACUGCUUUUGUUUCUUUCCCAUCUGCCCUGUCCCAAUAUGAUAUGCAUGCCUAACCACUGCAACACUUCAUUCAUCUUCCCUGUCCCAAUAUGAUAUGCAUGCCUAACCACUGCAACACUUCAUUCAUCUUCCCUGUCCCAAUAUGAUAUGCAUACCUAACCACUGCAACACUUCAUUCAUCUUCCCUGUCCCAAUAUGAUAUGCAUACCUAACCACUGCAACACUUCAUUCAUCUUCCCUGUCCCAAUAUGAUAUGCAUACCUAACCACUGCAACACUUCAUUCAUCUUCCCUGUCCCAAUAUGAUAUGCAUACCUAACCACUGCAACACUUCAUUCCCCUAUCAAGUUUUUGGCCAUAUUAAGCCAAUGUAUGUUUAGUUUCCCCCCCUUUGGCUCUUUUCUAGCGCUUAAGCAUAAUAAUGGUUUGCCAUCUGUUUUAAGAGCCCCUUUUAAGAUCAAUGGUAUCAGCUGCUUUGAAUCUAGACUUUUGUUUUUCUCUAAGACAAUUGAAUUGCAAGGUCCUUGUUCCUGCUGCUGAAUGCUAUGCUUUUAUUUUUGUUGUUGUUAGCCGAUUAGCAACACUGUAGAGAUGCACUUUGCUCAACGUCAUACAUGAGUCGUUGCAAUAUUCACUCAUCCUUUGAUUGUUACAAAGAAUCCUCAACUGUAAUCAUUGGUUACCAGAACAUUUAAUGGUUUAUAUUUGCUUGUGUUUCUACCUCCUCAUUAUGGGCUUCAUGUGUUGGGUUUGAAUUGCUUAAUGUCUCCAUUUCAAGUGAAAACACUUAGUCUGGACUAAGGCACAAGUCUGUAAUAAAAAAACGGUUUUACUUGCACAAUAUCCUGAUUGUAAGAAUUCAAAUUCAGACCUUUAAGUGCUUUUGUGGAUGUAUGGCACAUCGCCUGGGAGAGAUGAAAUUAUGCGGCCUUGUUAAUGUAUCAACCCUCAUUGCUGUGUACCUCCCUCUGUAUCUGUCAUACAUUGUGAUACUUGAAUUUUCUUUACGGGGAACAACCAAACAAUGUGUGAGUUGGUUUUGCAUGGCUCGGUGCCCCAGCUGAGGGGUGAUUUCGCUUGAGGACCAAUGGAAUGGUCUAAACAUUUGCAUACUAACCCACCUGGGGCAUCGGGCCAUGCAAAAUGAACUCGCACACGGUCUGUUCUCAUGCAACAAUUUUCAAACUACACAAGUGCAACAUGUUUUAAUUGGUGAAUAAAGUUAACAUGAGAAAUGAAUUUGAUUUUGUUACACUUUAACUCUGCCCCCCCCCCCCCCCCUCGUGUGAAAAAUUGAAGCCUGUUUGCCAUAAUGUCUGAUCCAGAUAUUUAUUGAUUGUUUUUAUCAAGAUUAAAAAAUAUAUAAUCUCAAUUUACUAUGAUCUAAUGAAAUCACGAGGUAUACAUCUGUACAGUACAACUUUCUGUAAAAGUGUUACUGUAAGGUUCUGUAACUGCUAAGAAUGUUCUUGUGUACCACUAUUGCUUAACUUUUAAAUAAAGUUAAACACUGAGUUCA